CAUGCAAUUUCUUUGCCCACUCGAUAUUCGAUUUCGAAGUUGGACGAAAUUCGUGGCAAUUUAAAUCAGGGUUAUUGUGAAAUCCCGAAAGCUUCUUAACACGAGACCAUGUACUGAGUGGGCAUAAUGCAAAGGAGAUUCUCCAAUCAACCAUCGGCGCUUGACAGAGCGCAACAGCAUCUACAGGGCAAGAGGCUCUCUGCCCCCACGGGCCCAAACCGAGGACAGGGUGCAAGUGCGGAACGAAAGAAAGAUGACGACGAUCUCAACGCCUACUUGAGCAAGCUCAACCGUAAAGUCUCCCAGGCCACUGGCAAGUUGACGGAGGGCGCCCUCAGUGAUGACCUCAGUGACCUCAGCCUCUCCAGUGAUGAGCUGGGAGGUCGUGGCGGGCGGCCCAGCCUGUCAGCAAGCCGCUUUGUCAAGACGAGCCGCAGUCAAACCCUUGAGAACAGUGAUACCUUACGCCGGAAGCAAGAGACACUCUCAGGGGGCAGCCCCGCUGCCUCCUCCCUUAAGAAAUCCGCCACCAUGCCCGGCUUCCUGAACAGGUCUGUACCCGUCUAUGCCUCAGCCGCCCUGCAGAAGGCGGCCCGGCUGGGUGCCAAGUUUGCCGAGCAGAGGCGGAGUGCCGAGAACCUGCGGGACACCGAGAGCGACCUGGACAUUUUGCUGAGCGAUGACAGCGGUAAGGAUUGCAGGCCCCUUGAGGGCGGAGCAAGCAGAGGUGUCAGCAGGGGGGGAGGUAAAGCAAAGUUGCCCACCGGCAACACUGACAAAGCUACCCCGCUUGGCCACCAGCUCAGCAGCGACAACGGCGAGCCCAAGAGGGCUAUCAGUAAGUUCUUGAAGAAGUCGGCCAGGCCUUCAUUCUACGUCGGCGAGAGUGACGACCAAGAUGACAGCGACUUUGGCCGGGAUGGAAACAAAUUCCUCAAGAAGUCGGCUGCAUUGAGACAGCCCAGCAACAAUCAGUCAAAAACAGAUGCAGAAGAGGGAACGGGAAGUCGUUUCCUGAAGAAACCUGCCAAGCAGGGGCAGCCAGAUGAUGCAAAGUCCACUACGACCAAGAUGAGGGCAAACGAUGACACGUCUUUGCCCAGGGGACGACGGGGUGACUUUAUGACAUCGACACCGAAGAAAAACGGCAUAACAGGAGCGUCAAAGCUGUCACGGACAGCACCCUCAGCAUUUAGACUGGACAGUGAUGAAGAAGACCUGCAAGACUUUAUCAUGAAUCUCUCACCAACAAGCUCCCCAGAAAUCCCUCCGAUCAGAGAUAAUCAACCACGCAAAAAAUCCAAGGACACUAAGGUACAGGAAAGCCAGCCCCCAUCGGCUGUGAAAUCCACGCCAGUGCCAAGGCCGGCCACCCCAGCUGCCAAAACAGUAACUGCAUCGAGAGACGCCGAUUCUCUGUCCGCAGAUAGUGUGGUAGCUGAUGAGUCAGUACCUUCCGUUGCUGAAAGCAUAGAUGGUGAAGAGGAAGGUAACCUUUUUAGUGGAAUACACGCUAACAUCAUGCAGCUGGAAGAUUUGGAGUCAAUUGGAAAUGCGGCAACCCUUACAAGUAGUCCUGCAUCAAAAACCAAACCAUCAGCUGGGGAAAAGUACGACAGCAUCUCUGAUGAAAUAUCUGAGCAUAGCUCGUUCAAGAAGGACAUCUUCGCUGGUUUGCAGACGGUCGAUGACCUUCUGUUCCGGGAGAUGACCCCAAAACGUGAUGGAAAACAUCGCACGGGGAAGGACAGUGAGCAUGUCAGCGCCGAUGAGAUUGACACAGAGGGCGAAUAUUCCAUUUCGGAGGUCCUCUCCGAAGGAACUUUGAGGAGAUCCGGGAGCAAAACCCCGGGGGAGGUUUACGCCGACGACACUUUCGUCUCAGGGACAGAAUCACCGUCCGCGGCCGGGACGAGCACGAGAACCGUGCCGGAUUCCCACUCAGAGGUCACCAGUGAGGAAGAUACCAGGCGGCAGAUGUCUAUUCACAGCCAGCAGCCGGACUCUGUGACGCGUUCCACUGCGACAAAAACAAGCCGGAGCUACAGUGAUGAUUUUCACUCCCAUGGCACGGACUCGGACAUGGAGGAUUUCUCAACAGACGAGGACAGCAGGACUCGGACGGAGUCGGUAACCCACAGCCAAAGCUUCACGUCUUACACGGAGAGCAGGACAGUGACAAGAAGCGAGAGGACCCCUAGAAAAGGGCGGAGAAGAGAAAGACGGAAAGAGAGGAGUAAGGAUGCAGCAGUUCAAGCAGACGGAGCAACGUCUGCCACACAUCGCUGGCUCAGAGAUCUUGAUUUGAGUGCCCUAGGCACAGUGACAGGUGUUGAUCCCCUGCCAGUAGCCAUGCACAUCAUCAACCCUCAGGCGCUUGAAGCUCUCACGUCUUACAGUCCAAGUAUCCUUGCCAUGAAUGAGACAUUACUGUCUCAGCUGAGACACACUCGUGAGUCCAUAAACUCCACUCUUCGACUGCAUCAGUCGCUCGCCGAGAGCAUUGAGACAGACUACAGCUACACAACACUGGAAGACACAAAAGAGUAUAUCCAUCGUCACAGACGACCAAAGCUAACUAUGGAGCAAGCCUUAGCAGAAGUCCGACAAGAGAUGGAGGAGGGGUACAGAUAACAGGAUCCACUGAAGAGGUCGCCUGCUUGAUCUUGAGAUUGUCUGGCCAUGAGUGGAGAUGGGGCUCGAGUGAUUUGCAGAUGACUUAGAUGACUGGAGCUUAGGAGUCAGGCCAGAGAUGGUAGAGAGGAGUUUGUAAAAAGAGUCACCUGGGAGAUGCUGUCAUCUGAUGUGCCUUGGGGUUAGGUUGACCGUGAGCGAGGAGGGGUACGGGUAAUUGGAGUCACCUGGGAAGGUGAUGGAAACUUAACAGACAUGGAGCAGAUAAGAUGACAGGAACCAGAAUGUCUAGCCAGAGAUGGUUGAGAGAAAUGGGUAAAGAGAGUCAGCUGGGUGGGUCUGUGUUGCAGUAUGUCUGAAGGUUAGGCUCAGGCUGACUGCGGGUGAGCAAGGGCAUGUGUGAUCCAGUUCACUUGAGAAGGUGACGGAAACCUCACAAAAACAGGAGCUCACAAAUCUGGGAUCACUGGAAGUCAGUUUUGAGGUGGAGGAUGAUUACAUUCUUUUAAGAUCACCAGGGAUGGGACAGCAUCCUUGUGAAGACUCAGAAGUAUACAGACUUCAGGAGUUGACAAGUCAAGAUGAGAAAAGGAUACAGGCAUGUAACAGAGGAGACCAGCCUGGAUAAAUCUUGAGGACAAAUACAAAGAGGGAUAUAGAUAGCAAAAAGCUCAAACUUUCAGCCAGAAAUGGUUGAGGGAAGCAGGUGUCUGAGAGAUAAGGAUAUCCUGGUAAUUCUUGAGGGCACUGGAGUAAAUCAAGAAGACUUGGAGGUAUGCGAACAAUAGUAACUCCUCUGGUAGCUUUUAUUGCUUCAUUGCGUGACAUGAAGGGCAAAAGGUUUAUGAAGAACGUGAGACAGAAAUGAGUAAUCUUGAGUAAUGACUACCAUGAGUAACUUUCGCAACCCAAUAAGUUUAGAAUUUGUUGGAUAACAGAUAGACACUGGCUGAUCCAGGGUGGGAGUGAUUUUCAAACGGGGGGGGGGGCACUUGUUUGACCAUUGGGCAUCAACUAUUUAGGACUUAAUCCAUUGAGCCCCACUCAAUUAUAGGACCUGCAAAAAGUGGGCGGCCAGGCCUCCCAGUCGAAAAAGUGGGGGCCACUGGCCCCCUUGCCCCCCUGCUUCCACCACUAUUGGGUGCCAAUGCCUCCAUCAAACUAUUUAUUCAAUAAUAAAAGACAUUUUUUAUCUAUUUCAUCUCCCUUCCAAAAGCUCAGAAAAAGUCCCAAAAUGUAGCCUCGCCACUAAAGGAACGCCUAAAAAGGUUACAUGAAAACUAUCCGUAUUUUCUGGGUAUUAAAAAACAAUUCCCCCCGUCCAAAUGAAGAAUGUUGGUACUUGUGAAAAAAAAAAGUUCGGAAGAUAUCAUUUGUUCACACUUCAGUGAAAAAAAUAUAAAUGCUGCCAAGGAUGUCGAAUUCGAGAUACAUGAAAAGGUCUUUGAUGUCCCCCUCGUUUUCUCUACAUCAAGGAAAGGCACUGGGAAUGCACAAGGACUUUCAAACCCCAGUGAUUGUACAUCUAUUAAUUUUUAAAACCUAGUAAUACUGGGUUGAAUAUGUUGCGGUUGAAAAGUAACUCACAAAGCUUCACAAGUUUGGCGACACAGACAUCGGGUAUUUGGGAACGAUCGCAAACCUUCAACAGAAUCUCAAUGGGUUUAUGUAGCCGAUUUUCUCGAGUGUGGCAGUUCCAACUUUUAAUCAUGGUUUGAAGUGGAGUGCUACGAAAAUGGAAUUCCCCAGACAUGCCUGGCGUACGGGACAGGUUAACAAGCGUGAAGCCGAUCUUUAUCAAAGCAGCUUAUAGCUUACAACAUUUAUUUUAAAGAUAAUGUCAAGCUCUCAGUAUUUGUGCGGCCCGUGCGUAGAGUGUGGUUGUUUAUUUUAUUCGUCAUGUAUAUGUACGUGUCAUCACUCACCAACGAGGCAUCCAUAGCCUCUAUGAUCCGCGACGCACCCUGAAACUACAUUAAAUAAUCAAGUUUUAAAGGGAAGAUUAACUUAAAUGGAUGAACUCACACAUAAAAAAAUUAACGUGUACAUGUACGUGUACGAUUACACCUGCUUUCGUUGUUUAUGCAGACACCAUUGGGUGUGAUUCACUAUAGUCCAGUUUAGAACAUGGAAUACAUUAAUACAAUGCGCUUCGAUCUUCUACUUUUGUUUAUGUGUAUUUAUCUUGGUUGGUUGAAACACGGUCACGUGGGGUCACAAUAUGCACCGUACUACAGCAUGAAAUUUGCGUACGUCAUCGGAAUUCAACGCGCGUGUGAAGCAUUUAUGAGUUUACCGUUGAUUUUAAAAAGUUCAGUUGUAAGACUCUGAGUGUUGUGGUUUUUUUUGGGGGGGGUUCUUCUUUUCUUUUUCAUUGUGGACUGAGGUUACACAAAACACGUUAUGGACCCGCAUAAUUCGGUCACUCGUGCAUGUCCAUGCCACCUCGGGCCUAACUGUAUGCUACGAGCAUGCUGCGAGUGACCAAAGAGUUUCUACUUGUGCACUGAACAUGUACAUGUAUUUCUAAUUCUCUUGUCCUUUGGCAUCGGGAAAUAAGACGCUGGUCUCGCUCUAGUGCAUGUGAAACGUGGACAGUGACCUCAUUAAAAGUCUAUAAGAAAAAUAAAAUGCCAACAAGCUAUGGACUAUCGUGCUUCCUUGCGCAUAUUCAACCAUCUGAACUGGUGACCUUGUCAGAGCCAGCGUGAUACUAGUACAUGUACAUGUAGCAAUAAUCCGGCACUGACAAGAAGGCAUUUCCUGGUCUUGUGGGAGUUGUGUUUUCUGUCAACGUCAACUGUACUAGCCGCGCAUACAUGAACUUCCGUGCGAGGCUCAUGCAAUAAUUAUUACUAGGAAGAUACAGUAUAAUUACAACCGGAGAAGCUACACUUCGGAUAAUUUCAUGCUGACGUCACUGAAUCGUUA